CUCGUGCUCGCGCGCUGCCUGACUCGCGCCCCGGAUGUGUUCUCGCGCCGUGCGGUGAAGAUGCCUCUGCCCGUGCAGGUCUUCAACUUUCAGGGGUCAGUGGAGCCCAUGCAGAUAGAUGCUGACCCUCAGGAAGACCAGCAGAAUGCACCUGACACCAAUUAUGUUGUGGAAAAUCCAACCCUGGAUCUGGAGCAGUACGCCUCCAGCUACAGCGGACUGAUGAGGAUCGAGCGGCUGCAGUUUAUCGCUGAUCACUGCCCCCAGUUACGAGUGGAAGCCCUGAAGAUGGCCUUGUCUUUCGUCCAAAGAACCUUUAAUGUUGACGUUUAUGAAGAGAUCCAUCGCAAACUCACUGAAGCCACAAGGCAAGAGCAGCUCCUGGAAGUGCAGGGGGUCCCGGAUGCGGUUCCAGAGGGGGCGGCAGAGCCCCCUCCCUUCGACACAGCUUGGGCAGAGUCGACCAGGAAAAAAGCCCUGCUCAAACUGGAGAAACUGGACACCGACUUAAAGAACUACAAGGGAAACUCCAUCAAAGAAAGCAUUAGGAGGGGUCACGAUGACCUGGGAGAUCAUUACCUGGACUGCGGUGACCUCAGCAACGCCCUGAAGUGCUACUCCCGAGCCAGAGACUACUGCACUAGCGCCAAGCAUGUCAUCAACAUGUGUCUUAAUGUAAUCAAGGUUAGUGUUUACCUCCAAAAUUGGUCCCAUGUACUUAGCUAUGUCAGCAAGGCUGAAUCCACUCCAGAGAUAGCAGAGCAACGAGGAGAGAGAGAUAGUCAAAACCAAGCUGUUCUCACCAAACUAAAAUGUGCUGCAGGACUGGCAGAGCUCGCCUCAAGAAAGUAUAAACCCGCUGCCAAGUGCUUCCUGCAGGCCUCUUUUGACCACUGCGACUUCCCUGAGCUUCUCUCCCCUAGUAACGUAGCGGUCUAUGGGGGGCUGUGCGCCCUGGCUACGUUCGACCGACAGGAGCUGCAGCGGAACGUCAUCUCCAGCAGCUCCUUUAAAUUAUUUUUAGAGUUGGAACCCCAGGUCCGCGAUAUUAUCUUCAAGUUUUACGAGUCAAAGUACGCGUCUUGUCUGAAAAUGCUGGAUGAAAUGAAGGAUAAUCUCCUCCUAGACAUGUAUCUGGCUCCUCAUGUAAGAACACUGUACACACAAAUCAGGAACAGAGCACUCAUUCAGUACUUUAGCCCCUACGUGUCUGCGGACAUGAAUAAGAUGGCCAUGGCCUUUAACACCACGGUGGCGGCUCUGGAGGAUGAGCUGACUCAGCUGAUACUGGAGGGUCUGAUCAACGCUCGCAUCGACUCCCACAGCAAGAUCCUGUAUGCUCGUGACGUUGAUCAGAGGAGCACGACGUUUGAGAAAUCUCUACAGAUGGGGAAGGAGUUCCAGAGACGAGCCAAAGCCAUGAUCCUGCGGGCGGCCGUGCUGCGUAACCAGAUACACGUCAAGGUAACGGGGUCGCCAGGUCCCCUCCCAGAGAAGGCAGCCAAGGGGAACUCACACCUGCCAACAGCCAAACACGAAUGAGCACCAACAUGUGAAGACUCGACCCGAUGCCUCUCGUAGGAAAGUACACACACACACCAGGGGGCCGCAGCAGCAUCACCGGCCCCCCCGUUAGAAUUCAGUUCUGUUUCCCUGCUGAAGAGAGAAAAAUCACAAUCUAAAGACUUUAUUUAAGUUGGGAAGAAGAUGUCUGUUGUCUGUAUUAAAGACAAGCACACCCUGUUGCUCAAGUUAAACAGAAAUAUAUGGAAAAAAAGAAGAAAAAAAAAGAAAAACGAGAAAAAAGACGGGAAAAAAAGAGAAACGGCAUUUACGCUGUACUGGCCUGUUGUUGUUUGUAAGAGAUGCACUUUCCUCUGUAUCUUGUGACAAACCUUGAUUACACAUUGAAAAACCUCAUCACAGAACAUGCUUUUAAAAUAAAUAUACAUUGGAAAAGAUGCUCCCAAAA